CCCAGAGGGAGGUAGCCAGGCUCCUCGGAAUUUCCCUUGGAAAGGAACGUCCGUCAGGAUCAGGCUGACAGCAUCAGGAGCUGGGAGUGGGAUGGGCACAGUGAGAAGGGACUUUGGUGGGUAGUUUGCCAGGUGCCCAUCAGAUUCCACACUGGGGGAAGCCCAGGUGACCCGGCAGGAGCUCUUUCUCUAAGGACAACGAAGGGCUGACUCAGGAUCUCCAGGCUCAAGCGUAAUGGAAAUGACAGGACAAUCUUUCUCUAGAUACUUUGUUGCCAUGCUCCUCCUGCAGAUGAUAACACCAAGUUCAGAGAAGUUCACAGUGAAUGGCAUAGAGGGGCCAAUCUUGGCUCCACUGGGUGGGAAAGUGGAGCUCAGUUGCCAGCUGUCCCCACCACAGAGUGCAGAACACAUGGAGAUACGCUGGUUCCGGAACCACUACAAAAAACCUGUUCACCUGUACAAAGAUGGUAAAGACUUGUAUGGAGAAACCAUCUCUAAUUAUGUGGAGCGGACAGAGCUCCUCACAGACACCAUUGGAGAGGGUAAGGUGACCCUCAGAAUCUUUAGGGUGAAUGCUGAUGAUGAUGGGAUGUACCACUGUUUCUUCAAAGAUGGUGAUUUCUAUGAGGAGGCCAUCACAGAGGUAAAGGUCACAGCUACAAGCCUAGAAACGCAGAUUCUGGUGCAUCCUCCUAAUACCAAAGGUCUUUUAGUGGAGUGCAUUUCAGGAGGUUGGUUCCCACAGCCUCAAAUGGAAUGGAGAGACAGCAGAGAAAAUAUCAUCCCACCUUCCUCAAAAUCCCAUUCACAGGAUACAGACAAAUUGUUCAACAUGAAGAUGACCCUUCUAUUACAGAGCACCCAUGGGAAUAUCACCUGCUACCUUCGAAACCCUGUAACUGGUCAAGAGGAGAAGACAAACAUUGUCCUAUCAAAUAAACUGUUUCUAUGGAAUACAGUUUUGAAGUUGAUUCUGGGCUUAAUUCUGGCUCUACUGCUGACUUCUACCAUGGUCUCCAGGGUUGCUCUACAUCGUAGAUUGCAAAGAGCACAGAUAAGAGUGGCCAGAAACAGCUCACAAUCUCCACGACGUUCAAGAACCUGUACUGAAUACUGUCUUCCUGUUACCCGACACGCAGAUUGCUCCUGCAAUGCAGUACCUCCUUGGUUAGUGGGCAUACUAAUAGUCUCAACUUCAUUCAUUAUGAUUGUCUCCCUCAUUUGCUAUUUGCAUUACAAAAAAAGAGUCCCUGUUUCAGAUCCACAUUUCGAGAUGGAUGUCAUGUGGCUGGAGGAUAUGACUGUGAUCCUGUGUGUUUUGACGGUCUUCAUCACCAUGAUCAUUUCCUCUGCUUACUUCAGAUUCAGAGGUUUCCUACAAAAUUAAGGGACUAAGCAAGCACCGAAUGUUUCAUCUGGGACAAUGGAUAGACUACGGAGGAUCAAUAGGCGAAGAUCUCCAAGAAAAGUAGCUAAGCCCUCACAAUUUAAUUUUUCCCUUGCAAUUUUAUAUAAAGCCAAAUAAUUGCCAUGUGUAGAGCAAAUAAAAUGUUUGUUCACUCAAA